AUGGGCUGAGCGCUCUGGCUGGCAGACACCAGACUUCACUAAGACAACAGUUUCUACAGAGUUUCAUUUUCAAAGCCCUUUGGCGGCUGUGAGAAGAUGGCCCAUGCCCGGAUCUCCAUGUAUAUGCCUCCUGACAUCGACCCCACAAAAGCCGCCAUUGCUUAUGGCUGUCGGGCCUUGCGCAAACUGAAUGAGGAGCUACAGUCAGGGGAUCUCCUGACAAGGCAGAAAGCCCUAGUGGCUCUGUGUGACCUCAUGCACGAUCCUGAGUAUGUCUACGAGGCCAUCAACAUAGGCUGCCUGGAGAGCCUGAAGGCCCUGCUGAGGGAUGAUGAUAACCUGGUGCGGAUAAAGACCACCGAGGUGCUGUACAUCAUGACCACCCAUAACAUCGGCAGAGUUGGCUUCUUAAAGCAUGAGAUCAUCCUAGCUCUGUCGCUCCUGCUGAGUGAUCACCAGACCCUCUGCCGGGAGAACCUACAUCAGGCUUACAAGCAUCUGGCGCAGCUGCCUGAAGGCGCCCAGGGUAUCGUCAAUAGUGGCCUGAUCUCCUCGCUGGUGUGGAAGCUGCAGAAGGAGGAGGAGCACAUCCAGGAGAUCAUCCUGGACACGCUGGCCCUGUGCCUGCAGGAGGACGCCACCGAGGCUCUGGACAGCCAAGCCGUGCCCCGUUUUAAGGAGAAGCUCCUUAGCGAAAACCCCCAAAUCCGCAGCAAAGCGGCUCGGGCCCUCAUUGCCAUCAGCAUCCCACUGGAUGGCAAGAAGCAGGUGUGGAAGAAUGAAGUCAUUCCCAUCCUGGUGAAUCUGUUGUCAGACACGGAUGAGGAGGUGAAGGCCAAUGCUGCCGGGGCUCUGAUGCACGCAACGGUGACCACUGAAGGAAAGUACGCCGCCCUGGAUGCCGGGGCCAUCGACCCUCUCCUGGAGUUGCUUUGCACCAUUCCCACGACCAAGGUGUGUCUGAACGCCACAAAAGCCCUCACCAUGCUGGCCGAAGCCCCCGAGGGCCGGAAGAUACUGCUGCCCAGGGUGCCCACCUUCCGUUACCUCCUGACGCAUAAAAACGAGGCCAUACAGCGGGCAGCCGAAGUAGCCAUCAAAGUGAUCGAGUGGAAGCCAUGACUUCCGUUUCGGCUAGACCCGAUA